AUGCAGGGUUUGUGGUCCCGUGCUGUUUCGAAGCAGUCAUCCUGCCGCUGUGUCGGGUGUUUGAGCACAACUGCCAACGGUGUUACUUCGCGGGCAGCAACCUCUAGUAAGAGACGCCUUCGAAUUGGAAACUCCGUUACCGCACUUUACGGCAGCAUUUUCGCCGCUGCUGCUAUUGCCGAUGCGAGCGUGAAGGAUCGCCGCCGACAUGACUGGGAGGAAAAGAUUGCCGCAGUCAAGGCCGAAGUGAGCGAGCUGGUGGAUGAAGAGGAGCGCAUUCUGGCGUCAUUACAAUCACGAAGAGAAAACCGAGGACUCAAUCGCCUAAUACAAGCGAAUGGAUUCGGCACUGUUGCUCGCUUCCCUCCCGGAAUUCAAUACCCAACCAGCUUCAACCGAAUAAGGGCCUUCCACACAGAAAGAACACAGUUGAAUGCGGUCGGGGCUCGGAUGGUGGAAAAUCAACCAGCUGAGGAGGACGAACACACAAUCGAUGAGCAGGAUGAGAGCGAGAUCUUCCUUCCGCAGGAGACAUUACCAAGUUGGGUCUUGGAGGAUGAUCUUCGUCUCAAGGCCAUUCAGAAACUUGCCUUAAGGCAAUUCGCUAUCCGGAUUUUGUUACGACCGGCCAUCGCACAUCGUUACUCGGGCGUUUCAAUGAACUACGCAGCGGAUUUCGAGACUCCCCAGGUAAACGUCUCGCAGCUCCUGGAGGAGCUGAAUCAUCUUCGCCAUCGAAUGAAUACCUUGAAAACGAGCAGACACGCCACAUACAGUGAUAUCACGCAGGACUAUGCCGCGAGUCAAUUGGGCGAGAUGCAAAGAGAGCGUGAGACCCUUGAUGCCGAACUCACCAACGACAUCAAAAUCUAUACGAGCCAGCAGAUGUCUCUUCAGGAACUGCUUCUGCGGAUAUCUAACAACAUCUUGAGCUCGAGGGACCCAGAUCGACCAACAGCUUUCCGGCUCAUGAUCAUGGCAUUUGGCCAGACCCGCCAAAAUGACCUGGUCGAGCUGCUUCUGCGGACAUUAUUACCGAACCGUUUCUUCCUCAACCCUUCGCUCGUGAUCACAAUCAUCACUUUCUUCAGAAAAUCGAAAAAUCUUAAGGAUUUCGAUUUGUUCUUGAAAAUGCUCGGCGGAGAAGGCUACUCCGUCAACCUAGGGAGCAGGGGGGUUUAUAAGCACCGAACGGUCAAUGGUAUGGAUCUCAUCGUUCCAUCUUUAAACAGCAGCAAUCCAGUCAUCUAUGCCGCCUUGAUAGGCGCCGCAUUACGUUUCGACCAGCCCGAUCGAGCCGACGCUUGGCUUCAAGCUGCACGGGGUGGGGGUUUCUUUGAUAGUUGGGAAACCCUGUUCACCUAUCUGCGGUUCUACAGCCUCCGACGGGACUGGGAUAAGGGUGUGAACGUUUUGAAACGAGCCGUCACCUACCUCUUGUCAUCAACGGACCACCGUCUCGAUUCAGUCGAGAGAUUGCUUGGGCGAAUGGUCGGCCUCUGCGACUCCUGUGACAGACUAGAUGCAUCGGAUGCAUUGGUGAGAGCUGCCGUGCACAGUGGCUUUGAUCCAAGACUUUUAUCACGACAGUCGGACUCGGGACCUUUCGUCCAUGCUGAUCCCAAGCGGUGGUCUAAGGCUGCUAAGCAAACACCAAGGGAGAACAUUGACCGCCCCUUGUGGCAGAAGUGCUAUGACUUUGGAAACACCUUCGGGGAAUAUCUGAGCCAAAUUGAGGUGCCGGCGGAGGAUACAUUCGUCCGACGCAAUGCCAAAUUGGCCGAUCAGCAUGCAGAUAAUGCUCUUUUCACCGCCCUUGGGCGUGGCCGAACGCCUGCCUCCCGGCAGGGACAAACACCUGCUGGCAACACGGUAAAUGAGGACAUUUCCACGCUUAAGGGCGAGGUUGCCCAACUCCGCGAACUUAUAUAUGAGCUUCGCAAACACCACAUCUCAGAUCCCUCCACAAAAGAUUCCUCCUGCACUCCGACCAGCGAAGAAACUCUCCCUCCAUCCGCCGAAACCAUCACAACUCUCAAGAACUCGCAAUCCCCAAACCCCCCAUCAAGUCGUAAUUUCACCAGAACUUCGACUAGGAUCAGCCUCGCCAGAUCUCAAACAUCAUCCUCAUCUCCACGGAAACCAAGCAAGCGAAACAGGCGGCGAGAAACCAGCGCAGAUCAACCAUCAGUUGAAAGCGCAGCUCCUGUUGCUGAGCCCGCAUUAUUUGCCAGUUGA